AUGGCAGACAAUGAGGGAGAAUCUGUUGCGAUGGCAUCAUCUAGUGCUCAGAAUGAGACAGAGGAAGAUAUGCGAGCGCGGCAUCGCAAGGAAGUCAAGGAUUUGGCUGGAAGGACAACAUCGUUGAAAAAGAGUGUUGGCAAAGGAGCUAGUUCUGCCAAAAAGAAGAAGGAAGUCUUGGAAGAAAUAGCGAAACUAGAGCAAGAACUAGAAUCACGUCACGAAUCGGAAUUGAAUGCUCUCCUCGCAUCGUCGUCGUCUUUAUCUAAACCAGACGAACAGCCAAUUGCAGAACCUGACGCAGAUCUUGAAUCACGUAUGGACAACCUUCAAGUGUCGCCCGAUGCACCGUCAGCAUCAGAAUCUCGAUCAAAGAAACCAAACCGACAACAGCUUCGAAAGGAAAAGAAGCAAGCUAAAUUUGAAGAAGACAGGGCUCAAGCUUUGAAGGAAGCAGCUGAUGCACCCAAUCUUCGAGAAGUUGAAGAUGCUGCAAUAUCGAAAGCUUUACAGCCUAUGGGGUUGACAAUUAAACACAUAAUGCCUGACGGUCACUGUCUGUAUAAUGCCAUCUCGGAUCAAAUGGCAUGGCGACGAGAGGAUUCUGCUGUGCCUGCUGCAGACAUGAGAAGAACAGCUGCAUCUUAUUUACGCACCCACCAGGAUGCCUUUGCUCCCUUCCUUUUGAGCGACGAAGGGGAGAUGAUGACGGAAGGUGAAUUCCAACAGUAUUGCGAUGAUAUAGAGCAAAAGCCCGUAUGGGGAGGUCAAUUGGAGAUUCAGGCUAUAUCAGCAGCCUUGUCAAGACCUAUCCACGUCGUUCAAAUGAACCAGCCAGUAAUGGUUAUCGGCGAAGAGUUUGCAUCAUUUGAACCUUUGAUUAUUUCGUAA